GGGGCCGGCGCGACCAGCGAGCGAGGGCGGCCCGGGCUGCUGGGUGAGGCGCCGAGGCGGUCGGCCGGUGAAUCCCGGCCCAGACGCUGCUCCGAGCCCCGCACUCGCGAGAACGUCGAAACAAAGCGAGAGACUUGCGAGCGCUCGCCGCCGCCGCAGCCGCCGCCGCCUGAGACUCCACUGUCCGCCGCCCGGGAGGACGCGGCCCUGAGAGGCCUCCAGGCCUAGGCGCGGCCGCUGGACCCCGACGUGUCGCUGCCGUGAGUAAAACGAGCGCCCUCCGCACUGUCGCUUACAGAUUAAAAUGGAGGAAAUUUCGUUGGCCAACCUGGAUACUAACAAGCUGGAGGCCAUCGCUCAGGAGAUAUACGUAGACCUGAUAGAGGACUCCUGUUUGGGAUUCUGCUUUGAGGUGCACCGGGCGGUCAAAUGCGGCUACUUCUACCUGGAGUUCGCAGAAACGGGCGGCGUGAAGGAGUUCGGCCUCCAGCCGGUGGAAGACAAAGGCGCGUGCCGCCUCCCGCGCUGCGCCCUUCCCGGGGAGCCGGGGAGCGGGCCGGACCAGCAGCUGCAGCGCUCGCCCCCGGAGUUCCAGUAGGCGCGACGUGAGAGAGGCUGGGAGUGACCAGGACGAUCGUAGAGACUGGUCCUGUGGCUUGCAGGAGUAAGCUGAAUAGAAAAGAAAAAAAGAGAAAGAAAUCAGACAAAAGCCCCCCAAUUUCCCCUUGAAGAUCCUGGCAUUUAAAAAAAAAUCUAAAGUGGAGAACUUUGAAAUUCGGAUGCUUUUUUAAAAAUCUAUCUAGAGCCAGCCCUGGUACCCUGGGCAGGAGAAAGUGUACAACCUGGGGGUCACUUAAACACACUUGAAUAUACACAAGAUCCCUGUGCUGCCCUAAGCGCACGGGCGAGCUGUGGCGCGCCCAGCGUGUGAAGUCAUUUUGGUCCGCGGACUGUCUGUCUGCCUGAUGUCCGGGGUUUCCUUGACAGUGUGGACAUUACCGAGGAUCAGGUUAUCAGUGGGACUGCUCCUGUGAUCUCUAAGCCUCUCAUGUGGGGUUUUCUGAUAAAAUGGAAGUAAGAUGUGAGAUCUGGAUACUACUGCUAUCAGUUUAGGACAACCAAGAAAACAUUCCCUAGUUGAAUUUGGUAGGGAACCUCUGUUCCUUUGACUGCAGGAAGAAAAGUUCAAAAUUACCUGUUUUCCAAAGGUCCAGCAUUUGCAAUGAUUUCAACAGAUUUGAGGACGAGGCCUAAACUUUGGUUGAACACAGACUUCUUCCUUUUCCUCCCAUUCAGCGAUAUAGGCUUGACAGAGAACAACUUGGUUGUAUGGACAGGUUGAGGAUUCACUUGUGAUUCUGUGGAAAGCUAGUAGGGACCUCUGCAGCUACAGUAUGCACCAUCUCAAACUGGAAGAUUCCUAUCUGGAUAUAUUGUGCCAUGGACAUAGCUUAGUAGGGGCAUUUUUUUUCCUAGCCUGAGUUACUGGUUACUUAGCCAAUCCAUGGGUCACUUAGCCAAUCCACUUGGUCAUUAUGUCAGAUCACUACUGCAGGGAGAGGACUGAAUAUAAAAGAUAUGAUAGCUGUUCAGAUAUGAGUUGUUUGGAAACAGCUUGGAGGGGACCUCUUCCAGCUGCCCUUAAAAAUGUGAAUGGGUUAGUGCUAGGAACCAAGGGGCAGAACUGGGUCAUCUGUUAGCUGCUUGCAGAAUCCCUUUACAUGUCACUGUUCUUUAAGUUGAACAGUCAGGACUCUGCCAUGGUGAACAUCCGGACUCUCCACUACUUUUGCUGCCCCUCAUAAGGAGAGUCCUUUCCACUUGGUCCCCUUUGGACCAUACUGACAGCAAGAGCUGCCCUUUUUUGAUUUUGGAAGUAAGGAAGAGACCUCCAAUAUCCCCUGGCUUUAGGGAGUGGGAUCCAGAAGAUUGAAAAGUUAGGAAUUGCGUAUCAAAACUGCCCUCUACUUUACUCCCUGAGCAAGAGUUUAUAAAGUGUAGGAGUCCUGAGGUGAACAGAACGGUGCUGCUUUAUUUGAAAUGUUUUCUUACCUCAUUCUGUGCCCCAGUAAGGGGCCCAGCCUCCUCAAUGGCUUGGCCCCAUGUUCCUGCCCACUGCUCCACUGCCUGUCUGGUGCAGCUCAUGACUCCAGGUGCUUCUUGUCACUCGAACCUUCACCUUGACCAAUUACAGUUCAUCUUGGCUUAAUGCUGAAAUCUGCCUGAUUUCUCUUCCUUGGCUUCUGUUAAGUUUGUAUGUUCUUUUUUACCUAUUUAUGUGGAGAACUCAGAGGAGAACCUGUCUUAUGGCUCCCUUGUUUGCAUUAGAAUGGUAAGAACUUAGAAACUUUUUUAUGUGCAAGGCAGUGUCAUGCCUAAGCAUUUCUCUGUAGGACUGCCUUGCUAGCAUGCCCUCCUGUUUUGUUUUCAUGAGUUUUAUUGCAUCUCUUUUUGGAUACUGCCUCUUGGGAGGUCAGUACAACAGUGAAGAUUGACACGGGCAGGGAUGGAGUUUGUCCUCGAUCCACUUUCUCUUAUCCUUGCUCUGUACAUAUCUUCUUUAUCUCAGAAGGUACUAUUUGGACUGUAUGGACUGAUUUGCAUUACAUAGUUUAGAGAGUUAAGGAAACCAGAGCAAAUGGGCCUUGUGACUAUAUUACCUUCUCCCGCUAGACUUAGACUUGUCCUGAUCAGGAUUGAGUUCUCAGUACAGAUUGACCUUCAGUCCAAGAGUUGUGGGAACUUUUCAAAAAAAUCAAACCUUGGCAGGAAUAAAUUGCAAUUAAUUAUCUUUGCCCUUGAUAAUGACUUUAAUGAUAUCUUCUCUGAGAAUCCAGAGGAAAGGAGUGUUUGAGACUUUGUCCUGCUUCCAAACAGUGUUGGAAACAAGAUAAAUAAGGGAGAAGGGAAGUGGUCCACUCACUCUUUUGUGUAGAACACUCAGAGCAUGAGUUUACUGUUUGUUUCCUUUCCAGCCUAUACUUCUGGUUAGAGGAGGAAGGUGAGGAAAGUAGUUUUGAGUAAAGGUUGGUUCACAUUACUUCCCUCCUGCUUUUUGUUUGAUUUGUUUUGUUUUGUUUUGUUUUGUUUUUCCCCAACACCAUCACCAUUAGGGCGAUAGUGCUCUGCCCUGGAAAGUUACAAAGUGGGCUCAAUCCACAGGCACCCUGAGGGGACACACUACUUUUUAAAGGAGAUGAUGUUCCCUACAGUAUAGUUAACAGUGGUUAGGAAUUCUCCCAAUCUGCCUUCCCUGUAACCUCAGAAUUCCUACCUUUCCCUCUUUAAUUGUAUUGAUCACUCUGUAAUCCUGUUAUGUAUCUGAGUGUGUAUGUGUGUAUGGGGGAAAGGGGUUCUUUAAUAUUUUUGUGGUUUGUGGCUUUUUUCCCCAUAAUUAGUUCCUAAUGCCGCAUGCCCAGGGGCCACUGCCUGGCAUUAUCGCAUGCUGGGAUUAUUGGGGGAGGGUAGUGUGAAAUUUACCACUGUUCUUUAUUUUGAAGAUUCUUAUUUUUGCAUAAGUAAUCCAUCCUAUACAGAUAGCUGAUUAACUCUCUGUGUUCCCCUCACCCGUAUGGCUGCUGGUGUAAAUAAACUGCAUCUUCUUAUUGCUAAACAGUAAUAAUAAAAUUUUAAAAAAUGA